GCGGCGGCCAGCCCUGAAGUCGGCGGCGGGCUCCUGCGGGAGGGGGGCGGCGGGAGCCGCGAGCGGGCGGACUGGCGGCGGAGGCAGCUGCGCCAAGUGCGGAGCGUGGAGCUGGAGCCUCCGCUCUUCCCCGCCUCCCCGCCACCCUCCUCGGCGUCCCCCUCCCCGGAGCCCGGAGAGCCUGCGCCGCCGGUCGCAGCGGGGGGCGGCUUCCAGCCCUCAGCUCCCUCGCCCCCGCCGCCCCUCGCUCCCCUGGCCCGCGGUGCCUGCCAGCCUCCGGAGCCGCCGCCACCGCUGGACUGCGGCGCCUCUAGCAGCCCGGCGGGAGCCGAGACUGGAGACCGGAGGGCGGUCCCGAGCGAGCCGCAGCCUGCAGCCGCUGGUGCCCAUGCGAGUCGAGAUAUGGAGAAUAAAGAAACUCUCAAGGGAUUGCAGAAAAUGGAUGACCGCCCAGAGGAACGAAUGAUCAGGGAGAAGCUCAAGGCAACAUGUAUGCCAGCCUGGAAACAUGAAUGGCUAGAGAGGAGGAGCAGGAGAGGCCCUGUGGUGGUUAAACCAAUCCCUGUAAAAGGAGAUGGAUCUGAAAUCAGCAAAUUAACACCAGAAUCUCAAACUGAAGGACAUACCAAUACUUCUUCGCCUACUCCAAAAGGAAGGCGAAGUCCUUCUCCUAGUAGCUCUUCAUCUUCAAAUCGUGCUAUUAAAUCAGAAUCUCCUGGAGUAAGAAGAAAAAGAGUAUCUCCAGUGCCUUUUCAGAGUGGGAGAAUCACACCACCCCGAAGAGCUCCAUCCCCUGAUGGCUUCUCCCCCUAUAGCCCUGAGGAAACAAAUCGUCGUGUCAACAAAGUCAUGCGAGCCAGGUUAUACUUACUACAGCAGAUAGGACCAAACUCUUUCCUAAUUGGAGGAGACAGCCCAGACAAUAAAUACAGGGUGUUUAUUGGACCUCAGACCUGCAGCUGUGGCCGUGGAACAUUUUGUAUCCAUCUGUUGUUUGUUAUGCUCCGAGUAUUUCAACUAGAACCCUCAGAUCCAAUGUUAUGGAGGAAAACUUUGAAAAAUUUUGAGGUUGAGAGUUUGUUCCAGAAAUAUCACAGUAGGCGUAGCUCAAGGAUCAAAGCUCCAUCUCGUAGCACCAUCCAGAAGUUUGUAUCACGCAUGUCAAAUUCCCAUACAUUGUCAUCAUCUAGUACUUCUACAUCUAGUUCAGAAAACAGUAUGAAGGAUGAAGAGGAACAGAUGUGCCCCAUUUGUUUGUUAGGAAUGCUUGAUGAAGAGAGCCUUACAGUAUGUGAAGAUGGCUGUAGGAACAAGUUGCACCACCACUGCAUGUCAAUUUGGGCAGAAGAAUGUAGAAGAAACAGAGAGCCUCUGAUAUGCCCUCUUUGUAGAUCUAAGUGGAGGUCCCAUGAUUUCUACAGCCACGAAUUGCCAAGUCCUGUGGAUUCCUCUUCUGUUCUACGAACUACACAGCAGCAAACUGUACAGCAGCAGGCUUCUAAUGGAUCACAAAGAAGAAAUCAGGAUAGUAAUUUUAACCUGACUCAUUAUGGAGUUCAGCAGAUCCCUCCUGCCUAUAAAGAUUUAGCUGAGCCAUGGAUUCAGGUAUUUGGAAUGGAGCUGGUGGGCUGCUUAUUUUCUCGAAACUGGAAUAUAAGAGAGAUGGCCCUCAGGCGUCUUUCCCAUGAUGUUAGUGGUGCUCUGCUGUUGGCUAAUGGGGAAAGCACUGGAAAUUCUGGGAGCAACAAUGGAAACAACCCAAGUGCUGGAGCAGCUAGUGGGUCAUCUCAGCCUGGUAUCUCAGGAGACAUUGUUGUGGAGGCUUGCUGCAGUGUUCUGUCAAUGGUUUGUGCUGACCCUGUCUACAAAGUCUAUGUUGCUGCUUUAAAAACAUUAAGAGCCAUGUUGGUGUAUACUCCUUGCCAUAGUUUGGCCGAAAGAAUAAAACUGCAAAAACUUCUGAGGCCAGUAGUAGAAACUAUAUUAGUCAAAUGUGCAGAUGCCAAUAGCCGUACAAGUCAGCUUUCAGUUUCAACACUUUUAGAAUUAUGCAAGGGCCAAGCAGGAGAACUGGCAGUUGGCAGAGAAAUACUUAAAUCUGGAUCCAUUGGUAUUGGUGGUAUUGAUUAUGUUUUAAAUUGCAUUCUUGGAAGCCAAAUGGAAUCGAGUAACUGGCAGGCUCUGUUGGGGCGCCUUUGUCUUAUUGACAGAAUGUUGUUGGAGUUUCCUGCAGAAUUUUAUCCCCAUAUUGUCAGUGGAGAAGUUUUGCAAGCUGAUACUGUAGUAGACAGGUAUAAGAAGCUGCUGUCCCUCUUGAACUUUGCUUUGCAAUUCAUUGAUAAUUCCCACUCAAUGGUUGGUAAACUGUCCCGAAGGGUGUUUUUGAGUGCUGCAAGAAUGGUUGCCAGAGUACCCCAUGUGUUUUUGAAACUAUUGGAAAUGUUGAGUGUUACAAGCUCCACUCAUUAUACAAGGAUGCGUCGUCGUUUGAUGGCUAUUGCCGAUGAGAUGGAAAUUGCCGAAGCCAUCCAGCUGGGCAUAGAAGACUGUUUAGAUUGUAGGCAGGAUGACUUUUUGCAGCCAUCUGCCCCAAAUAACACCCCAGAAACAACUGAAAAUAAUUCCCCUGAACACACAGUCCAGUUAGAGAAAACUGGAAAGCCUUUAUGUGAUGCAAAAUCAAAUGCCAGUCCAGAAGAUAUUUCUGAUAAAUUGGCUGACAUGUCUGUAGGACUUCCUAAUUCAGUAACAACGGAGCAACCAAAGCCAGCCCUGCAGACAAAAGGCAGACCCCAUAGUCAGUGUUUGAACUCCUCUUCAUCCAGUCAUUCCCAGUUAUUGUUCCCAACUUUGCCCUCUCCUCCUUCUUCUACCCCAUCUGUGCCAGCUGGCUCUGUAACAGAUGUCUCUAAACACAAAACUCAGGGUUUUGUUCCCUGCAAAGUACCCACACCUUCUCCACAAAUGCAACGAAAAUUUUCUCUACAGAUUCUUAGAAACUGUUCUGAAAUCAAAGAAUCAGAUAAACUUUCCCCAGUUUUUACACAGGCAAGGCCAAUGCCUUCCAGUCACAUACACAGGCCAAAGCCAUCUCGACCUACUCCAGGAGAUUUGAACAAGCAAGGAGAAGUCUCAAAAAAUAGUAUGACACUUGAUCUGAAUACUAUCUCACAAUGUGAUGGCAUCAUUGGAGGUGGCAGCAACAGCAGCAGCAGCGCUAUCAUACCAAGUGAAGAGACGGUCUUCACACCAGUAGAUGAGAAAUGCAGAUUAGAUGUCAAUACUGAACUCAACUCCAGCAUUGAGGACUUGCUUGAGGCCAUGCCUACUAGUGAUACAACUGUAACUUUUAAGUCCGAAGUUGCGGUCCUUUCUCCUGAAAGGGCUGAAAAUGAUGACACUUAUAAAGAUGAUGUAAAUCAUAAUCAGAAGUGCAAAGAAAAGAUGGAAGCUGAAGAAGAGGAAGCAUUAUCCAUUGCCAUGGCAAUGUCUGCAUCACAGGAUGCCCUGCCAAUAGUUCCUCAACUACAAGUUGAAAAUGGAGAAGACAUAAUCAUUAUUCAGCAAGAUACACCGGAGACUCUGCCAGGACAUACCAAAGCAAAGCACCAUUAUAGAGAAGAUGCCGAGUGGCUCAAAGGUCAACAGAUAGGCCUUGGGGCAUUUUCUUCUUGCUAUCAAGCUCAAGAUGUAGGAACUGGAACUUUAAUGGCUGUGAAACAGGUGACUUAUGUCAGAAACACAUCUUCUGAGCAAGAGGAGGUAGUUGAAGCACUGAGAGAAGAGAUAAGGAUGAUGAGUCACCUGAACCAUCCUAAUAUCAUCAGAAUGUUGGGUGCUACAUGUGAGAAGAGCAAUUACAAUCUUUUCAUAGAAUGGAUGGCAGGAGGAUCUGUUGCUCAUUUGCUGAGUAAAUAUGGAGCUUUCAAGGAAUCAGUCGUAAUUAACUACACAGAACAAUUACUUCGUGGUCUUUCUUACCUCCAUGAAAAUCAGAUUAUUCACAGAGAUGUCAAAGGUGCCAAUUUGCUAAUUGACAGUACAGGGCAGAGACUGAGAAUCGCUGACUUCGGAGCUGCUGCUAGAUUGGCAUCAAAAGGAACAGGCGCUGGAGAAUUUCAAGGACAGUUGUUGGGAACAAUUGCAUUUAUGGCACCAGAGGUACUAAGAGGUCAACAAUAUGGAAGGAGUUGUGAUGUAUGGAGUGUUGGCUGUGCUAUUAUAGAAAUGACUUGUGCUAAACCACCUUGGAAUGCUGAAAAACACUCUAAUCAUCUUGCUUUGAUAUUUAAGAUUGCUAGUGCGACUACUGCUCCUUCAAUCCCCUCACAUCUGUCUCCUGGCUUACGAGAUGUGACUCUUCGCUGUUUAGAACUUCAACCUCAGGACAGACCUCCUUCAAGGGAGCUACUGAAGCAUCCAGUCUUCCGUACUACCUGGUAGCCAGUUACAAAAAAGAUUUUUAAAAACUGAUGCUAAAUAGAAGAAAAAACUCUGGACAGUGCUUUCAGGCACAACCACAUUUUAUCAUUCUGCUGGCCUUUAAUCCACCAAACAACAAUUAACUGAGGCCAGUGGAGGAGGACCCUUACCGAAGUAUGUGAUUGACAAAUCAAGAUCUUUACCUAAGCUCAGUAUGCAAACUUCCCCAACUUGUGCAGAAACUGUAAAUUGUGCCUUUCAAAGAACUGGCCCUAGGUGAACAGGAAAGCAAUUAAGUCUGCAUA